AGGCUAGUUGACAAUUUGGUAGCAUUACAAAAAUUUAAUUAUUGAAGACUUCUUUGUUUAUUUUGCUCAUAAUGGGAAUUUGUGCCAAUAUUUUCAGCAUUUUCAUUGUGAAUGUCAUUGUUUCUACGUUGAAAAAAGUUUAAACAGAUAAUGAAAUACAAAACCUCAGGAGACUAUAGGAGUCGCCAAUAAAUCGGAAUUGUUCCAUACAGGUAUUAUUGUACUUGUAUUGUUAUUUCUCAAAGAUUGAUUGGCGAUAUAAAGGACUUUAAUUGUGUGUUACGAGAGUGUAUAUAAUUAUACCAUACUUUAAAUUGUCGCUCAAGCGGGUUUUUAAAAAAAUUAAAUUAUGCAAGACAAGCGAAAAUUGUUAAACGGCUGAAAUAAGUUAAGUUUUUCUUCUUCUCCCUGCUGCGGACAUUUUGUGGAUAACGGAAGAUAAAUCGAAAAGGAAGGGGUAUAAAGUAGAAGGACCUAAGAUGAUGAACGCAUACAAUAUGGACGCUUCUAGUCCGCCAAUUCUGUUCCAUGGUUCCUCAAGACGCAAGGAAAAGGAAUUCUGGGAAACAAUUAAAAGUCACCUGAUAUACAAAGGUUUUUAUGACAAAUUUCCGACUCCAAGACUUUUACGUGAAGCACAAGAAGAGUACAGAAGCAUUCACCUGGAACCGCCCCUAGAUGCCACAGGCAAACCACUCCCAUAUCCGGCACUUACAAAUAAAGCCGAAAUCAUAAACCGAGAUGCCAUUGAAACUGUAGACUGUCAUGCAUUAGGGGCACCAAGAGUCUUGGCGUAUGAAGACAUGUACAAACUUGUUAAAUACCUGACAGGUGAAUGUAACAACGAUGUAGAGAGACUUCGUGCUAUUUUCCGCUGGAUAGCUUCACAAAAUCUUAAACAGUGGCAUGACGAGGUGUCCUUUAACAGGGAUUCGGCAGCGUAUUACCUUGCAAGAAUAAGGGCAAAGAAGGCCAACCAUAACCAGCUGCUACAACGCAUGUGCAGUUUGGCGAAUAUUUACUGUGUGAAGAUACGCGGUUAUGUGAAAGGUGUUGACUAUGGGCUAGGCCACGAGCUAACUGAGUGUGAUUCCACGUGGACAGCUGUGCUUGUAGACGGAUCUUGGCGCCUUCUCGAUGUAUACUGGGCCACGUGUCAUCGCGUGCACUCCGGAGAUAGUUCAUGGGAGCUGAUAGAUGAUGGUCAAAGUGAUAUCUCAUCAUUAGCUUCGACACCACGUGGAACUCCAAAAAUAUCGAAGACAGAAUACGCCUAUAAUGACUACUAUUUCUUAACAGAUCCAGAACAGUUUAUCUACUCUCACUUCCCCAUCGAUGAGAAGUGGCAACUUCUGGCAAGGCCAGUCACCCUCGAAGAAGCCAAGCGGAUGGCACUGUUAAAGAGGAACUUUUUCAGCAUAGGAAUGGAUAUAAUUUCACAUCCACGUUACGUUAUUGAAUGCGAUAACGGUGAAGUACAGGUUACAUUUGCAACUACAAGCGACGUCAAGACGAAUUUCAAGUACGAACUUUAUGUUGAGUCGGACGGAGGAAGUCUUGAGGAAUUACACAACCUAAGUUUGGACAGAUACGUAUUCUUGGAGAAGGUUACAAAGGAAGGCCUUCUAAACGUUAAAAUGCGAUUUCCUGCGAUUGGAAAAUACAAGCUCAAGAUUCUUGCCAAGGAAUAUGACGAGCGAUCAUUCUAUUACACCGUGACGUACAUCAUUGACGUCUUAAGUCCAAUGGAUAACUGUCGACCUUUACCUAAAAAUGAAAGAGGAGAAUGGGGUCCUGGUUUGGAAACAGAAGAACUUGGUCUUGAACCAAUCACGCACGAUUCUGGAGAGGUCCCGACCGAUGAUGGAAAGGCUGAAGUAAGAUUUGGAAUGUCUAAAGCUGUAGAAUUUAAACACAAACUUGUUACAGGAGACGAUCAAGAACUUGCACACAGAGUUAUACAUCGAGUGGAGAAUUCCGAAGCUGUUUUUAACAUUAGAGUUCCUGAUGAAGGCGAAUAUGCCUUUAACGUGUAUGCCCGAGAAGAAGGGGAGAAAGGUGAAUACCCAAAUGUGUGUAAUUAUCUGUUGAAAUGUGAUGAGGAACCCGAAGAUAAACACGCCUUUCCUGACGUAGGUUCGGACAAACUUGGACCAACCCCUGCCUUUGCAGAUUUUGGUAUGAAAAAUAUUUCUAUCAUGCCUGCCCUGAUGUUAGCACCAGUUACUGGGGAAGUCACUUUACAGUUCAAACUGUCUCACGAAGCAGUCUUUAUACCGGAACUAUUGUUACACAACGAUGAUGGGUCCAAGUCGGAUUUCUCAGAAUACACCAUGUGGGAUAUUUUAGCCGGUGUUGCAACUUUUUACAUCACCCUUCCUAGAGUGGGAAUGUAUAGCCUUGCAAUAAGGGCUAAGCCAUCUGUCGAUGCAGAGCAUUUUACUCCAGUUUUCCAUUCAAUUGUAGAUGCCAUCAUUCCAAAGAAACAAUGCCUGCCUUGUCCACAACAGUCUAUUGAUUGGCCUGCUGAGUGCCACGUGCUGAAACCACUUACUGGCGUUCUUGCAGCGCGAGAAAUGAUUCAUUUUGAAAUUGAUUUUCCAAAAGCAUACGAGCUAAUUGCAACAAGUGGUAAUGGCUCGAAGCUCCUGAAAAGGAACUCGACUGGCCUAUGGGAAGGAGAGGUAUUGGCAGGAAACGAGGACUCUGUGGUAACAAUAUCAGUACGAUAUAGUGAAAGAGACGAAUAUCACUAUAUCCUAACAUACAAGGUCAUAGAUAGAGAUGAGAUUGUAGGUGAGCGACUUCGUCAGUUAGAUCGUUACAAAGACGCCGUGGCGAGGGCUGAAGCAAUGCGAGAAGCUGGCAAGUUGCCAAUGAACUUUGACUGGUCUAAACUGGAGGAUAUGAACGAUGAUGAACUGGAGGAGUUGCUCGGUGUUUGGGAGAACACGAAAUGUACGCAAACUGUGUUAACAUUGCUCACUGCCGAUCUACAGCUUACCAGCCAAUACUUGUAUUACGGGGAGUGAUACAGAAAUCGGAAAACAAAGUAUUCGGAUAAUAAAGUAUUCGGAUAAAGAA